UCCGAUGUGGGACUUUAUACUCCAUAGUGUGUGUGUCCAGGAGGGAGGUGUCGUGUUACCUCAAGGAUCCCGAGAAAAAUCCCAGUUAUUGUUAUCUUCCACCUCCAGUCUUGGGAUGUAGAGCUCUUGGAAGCCCAUUUUCCCAAGAGAUGAUGGGGGUUGCACCUGCCCUCUCCAAAGGGUUUCAUCUAAGAGAUAGAUGGCACUUUCCACCCAAGAUGGGAGUUCAUCAGGCUGCUUCCUUCGAAGACAAUCCAAAAAUACCUUGUCUCCAGAAACCUGGGCGGAGGCCCGGGGUAUUGCCCACUAAUCUCCAGCAGUGGGGCCUGGGUAGAGAAACUGUUGGGGGAACUCGGCUCCCCUCUGUGUACUGUCUCCUGGCUGUGAGACCCUGCUCCAGAAGCCGCAAGCAGUUCUACUUCCAGGAUGAGGCGCUCAGUCCUGGUUAGAAACCCGGGCCACAAGAGUCUUAGGCCUCUUUAUGGAGACCUUCAUUCAGACCCAGAAGACCUGGACCCCAGUCCCAAAGAUCCAGAUCCUAUUUCUGAAAGCCCUGAGCCAGAGCCGGGAGACCUCAACACUGUCUCAGAAGAUGGGGACGCCAGCUUAGAAGAUCUGGACCCUGAAGCAGACGAAGCUCCACAACCCAUCUUGGGGAAGCCAGACUUGGAUUCCCAAGAUCUGGAUCCCAUGUCUUCAAGUUUCGACCUUGAUCCCGAUGUGAUUGGCCCGGUGCCACUAGUUCUCGACCCAAGCAAUGACACCCUCAGCCCUGCUGCACCAGAUGUGGAUUCUCUUCCUUCUAGCCUCACUGCCACUCCCGAAAUCUUGGCCACCAGUCCAGCGGUGCUUCCUGCCCCUGCCAGUCCACCUCGUCCCUUCUCCUGUCCUGAUUGUGGGCGAGCCUUCCGUCGCAGCUCUGGACUGAGCCAGCACCGGCGCACACACAGUGGAGAGAAGCCUUACCGCUGCCCCGACUGUGGCAAGUCAUUCAGCCACGGCGCCACACUGGCCCAACAUCGUGGCAUCCACACUGGUGCACGGCCCUAUCAGUGUGCUGCCUGCGGCAAAGCCUUCGGCUGGCGGUCUACACUGCUCAAGCACCGCAGCAGCCAUAGCGGGGAGAAGCCACACCACUGUCCCGUGUGUGGCAAGGCCUUUGGUCACGGCUCGUUGCUGGCCCAACACCUGCGCACGCACGGUGGUCCUCGUCCCCACAAGUGCCCAGUGUGUGCCAAAGGCUUUGGGCAGGGCUCUGCGCUACUUAAACACCUGCGCACCCACACAGGCGAGCGUCCCUACCCAUGCCCGCAGUGCGGCAAGGCUUUUGGGCAGAGCUCAGCACUACUCCAGCAUCAGCGCACCCACACUGCUGAGCGUCCCUACCGCUGUCCCCACUGCGGCAAGGCCUUUGGGCAGAGCUCCAACUUGCAGCACCACCUCCGCAUCCACACUGGUGAGCGACCUUACGCCUGCCCACACUGCUCUAAGGCCUUUGGGCAGAGUUCAGCACUGCUACAACACCUCCACGUGCAUUCUGGCGAGCGCCCCUACCGUUGUCAACUCUGCGGAAAAGCCUUUGGCCAAGCCUCCAGCCUCACCAAACACAAGCGUGUGCAUGAGGGAGCCGCCGCUGCUGCCGCUGCUGCUGCCGCCGCCGCCGCCGCAGCAGCAGCAGCUGGGCUGGGCCUUGGGCCUGGUUUGAGCCCAGUAUCUAUGAUGAGGCCAGGGCAGAUCUCUUUCCUGGGUCCUGAUGCUGUUUCUGUGCUGGAAUCUGGCCUAGGCCUCAGUUCUAGUGCCAGCUCUGCCCGAAGCUCAGCUCCUACUUCUGUGAGGGGUUCACUCCAAAAUCCCAUCCUCCAGACCCACUCAGGAUCUAUCUCCAGUCCUGAUCUUGUUCUGUCUUCUGACCCUAAGCCAGGCCAUGAUGCUGAUCCUGAUGUGGUACCCAGUCCUGACCAAGAAUCUGAUCCCAGCCCUAACCCUGAUCUUGUCCCCAGUCCUGACCCCAAACCCAAGUCCCAAACUGACACCUGCUCUCCCACUCACGACAGUCCCAGCCCAGCCCUUCCAACUGAAGAAAGUCCCAAGUGGGUAAAGGAGGAAGGGGCAUUGCUGGGGCCUGAUGGAUAAAGGGGGCACUGGUAUCUAUGGCGAUCUGAGGAAGGUGUGUACUAUAUUCACAGUAAAAUCCUUCUGCCUCCAGGC